UUGGAAAAGAAGUGCAAAGAAAUUAUACUAUCUUUUCGUUUCUCAAAAGGAAAUUCUGGAUACAUCUUAGUAAAAAGCCUAAAAACAUGGAGAGAUGCUCAGAGCUACUGCAGACAACAUUAUACAGACCUGCCCACCAUCCGCAACAUUUCAGAAAAUAACCAGAUAAAUCAAAUUCUUUUAUCUGGAUAUUACAUCUGGAUCGGUCUGUUCUUUGACUCUUGGGAAUGGUCUGAUAAAUGGAGUCGUGUCUUCAGACACUGGGCAGCAGAUCAACCAUUCCACGCUUCAGGAUCCGGUGACUGUGUUGCGAUGGCAAGAGCCAAUUCUGGGAAAUGGGCUCAAUACAGCUGUGAUCUAAAGCAGCCUUUUAUCUGCUAUAGGGGUGAACGAUUUCAAUAUAUAUACCACUAUAUAAAUGUGAGAAUGUCAUGGCCAGAGGCUCAGAGUUACUGCAGAUCAAAGUACACUGAUCUGGCUACUGUAGACAGCAUGGAUGAUGUGAACAGGCUGGUAAAUAUAGUGGAUGCUGGAUACAGUGGAUCAGUGUGGAUUGGACUGAAGAGGGGGACACAGACACGCUGGGUUUGGUCUAAUGGAGAUGGUACAGUCACACAGUACAGUCCCUGGAGUGCUGGACAUCCGAUCAGUCAAAACGAAUGUGGCUAUUUUAACUUUGGAGUUUGGACUCUUGGAAAUGGUCUGAUAAAUGGAGUCGCUCCUUCAGACACUGGGCAGCAGAUCAACCAUCCCAGCGUUCAGGAUCUGGUGACUGUGUUGGCAUGUCAAGAGCCAAUUCUGGGAAAUGGGCUCAAUACAGCUGUGAUCUCAAGCAGCCUUUUAUCUGCUAUGGUGUGGCCAAGUUUCAAUCUCAACAGUAUCACUACAUGA